AUGGGCACUCUUCUUGACUACCCUCAAGAGGGAUGCGGAGGCACCUCAGUGGCCGGGUUGCGAGACCCAAAUUGUUGGAAGUUUUGGAGAUUAUGGAAACCAUAUGCCGUGGACCCAGACCUGCGGAAGCGCACAAAGGCGUCUCGACGGGCUCGGCAAAACAUAUUGGCCUCCAUUCAUCCAAAACAAGCUUCCAACGAUCAAGUGUGGAUCGUUGAGCGCAUCCCCAGUGAUACGAUGGCUGUGCCGGAUAGUUUGAACUUCCCGCGCUUGGACGCACCAGCGAGGACGGAGAUUGAUGUUUCUCGACUUGGUCAGUUUCGUGAGGCGCUAUCGUCUCAUCCUGUUUCCAGCGUGCGGACGGCUGUUGCAGAAGACACCCGCAGAGAUGGCUGCUUGUUCACUGGAAACUCGUUCAGAGUUGAUGUCGACGAAGCAAGCAUGGAUCCAACCAUUCUAGAGGUUGCGCGGGUCCCAGAAGCUGCAGAUAGCGCCAUUCCUCAAAUCUGGUUGAGUAUGGAUGAUGCAAGGGUCGAGCACAAUGAAACUCCAUCAUGGGUGGUAUCCAGCCCUUCUUCUGGCCAGCCAGAGGAGCCCGUUGAUCGGGAACAGAACCAUCUCCACGUGCCACGGCGAACUUCAUCGGUGAAGCGAGCGUACCGCAUGGCGGAGAGGAUCGAUCAAAUUGCCCAAUCCAUACCGGAUGUGGAGGGUGUCGUGUACACCGACAGCUUCGAGAAGCUUAGUUGCGUGGCGUUGUCUCUCCAGCGCCAUGGCCAGCUUGAGGUUGAGGCCCAGCGAUGGCGGAAGACGUCGGAACACAACGAGCGCCUUCUCACGUAUUACAUGAAGCGGGCAGCUCACCUGGAAGCAGAGAAUGAGUCUCUGAAGCUGGUGCACAAGCAGGUCCUUUCUUGCGGCGACGGCCUUUUAACUGAUAUGUGA